CUCGCUUUACAGUUCCAUUACGUAUAAGAGCGAUCGAAUUAUAUAAUCCAUACUCUUUUUCCUUUUUUUUCUGGUUAUCUUUUACGAGCUUCUUUUUUCUAUUUUUUACUUUUUCUUUCUUAUUGUUACUAGAUUAGAUAAAUGCGCAAAGUAUGCUUGCCACUGGAUGUAGUACUGAUUAUACUCGAAUACUAUUCUGAUCAAUCCAUGCUAUAUGAAUUAAGUCUGACUUGCCGUACUAUGUCACCACAUGCUCUUCGUCAGUUAUGGUACAUGCCUUAUGUUAGCAACAUUACAUCAUUGUUUUAUUUGUCGACUACGCUCCAAUUAUCAAAUCCACAAUAUGCUUACAAAGAUUGGAUCGUGGGCUUAGCAUUACACAUGCGAAAAGAAAAGGACGGUUAUAGCUAUCAAAUCAUUCACAAAGACAUUUUUGAAGGAUUAUCACAAUUGCGGUUAGAAAUUCUAUCUUUACAGCAAAUCCACGUCUUGAAAGAAAAUGCCACAUUCUUUGAACUCUUUUUAAAAUCCCAAUUAAAUCAAGGCCUGUCAGAAUUACACUUGUAUGAUUGUACUCCCGUCACAUUUACAUCUAUUUCCAAAGCUAUACAACAAGAACCGCGUAUUCAUCUAAGAUCUUUGGCCAUCCAUCAUUGUAGUCUAACUGAUCACCAAGUAGAAAAACUUGUUCAAUUUUGUCCCACUCUCCAUACUUUGAGGCUCGAGAAAUGUGGUUGUUUAUCAGAUACAGCAACAAUUGCUAUUGCUCAAAAUUGCCCUUUAUUACAUACACUGGUUGUGACAUUACCUCCCAACAUUGUCCAGAGUAAUAUGAUUACUCUUCAAACUCUACAAGCUUUAAACUCAAAUUGUUUGUCACUCAAUAAAUUUAUUUGUACCGGUCAAACUCGGAUCGCAGAGUUCUCGCAUUUAUUCACAUGGACAGUAACUACUACUGUUCUUGAGACUGACCCUGUCAUCAACGCCGAUCUAUCCCCCUUGCGCACAAAUCGCGCAUUUUUUUUAAAGAAAUAAUAAAAAUACAUUUUAAAAUUUCCCAUCACGGGCUUUUAAACUUACGAAAGGUGGGAAGUAAUAUUCAUUUGGUCAAAUA